CCCUCCCCUCACCCCAUGCAACACACACACAAAAAAAAAAAGAAAAAGAAAAAAAAAAAAAAGAAAGACUACACAGCUAUCGUAUGCUCAGCCCACAAAGAGAAAUAGUAUUGGAAAGGCAGGGCAGCGGGGCAGAGGUGCAGAUGAAAAGAACCUAGAGAAACUACUUCUUCAAGCUCUGAUUUACAACUACCAGACCUCCAAAAUAAAAAUGAAUGGACAGAAGCAGUGGACGAGUGUGGCCGUGAUGGCGCUCCUGGUGCUAACGGUGAUGGCAGCUGAAGGAGGCAAAGCAGAGAAACAAGGAAAGAAGGAGCGCAAGUCGGACUGCGGGGAGUGGCAGUGGAGCGUAUGUGUAGCCAAUGAAGGGGACUGUGGACUCGGCACCAGGGAGGGAACGCGCACCGGCACUGACUGCAAGCAGACCAUCAAGACCCAACGCUGCAAGAUCCCCUGCAACUGGAAGAAGAAGUUCGGAGGGGAAUGCAAGUACGACUUCGAGGCGUGGGGGGAGUGCGAUCUGGCGACGGGCAAGAAGAACAGGACGGGCGUGCUGAAGCGAGCGCUCAUGGACGCGACCUGCGCCGCCACCGUCACAGCCACCAAGCCUUGUGGGAAAAUCCCCAAGACCAAGCUGCAAGAUGCAAAGAAGCAAAAGAAGGAAGGCAAGAAGCGAGAGCGCGCCCAAAUGGACUGAUGAGGUUGUUUGUCACGGGGGAGGAAGGAAGAAGAGGGUGGAAAAAAAAAACGUCCACUGCCCUAUUUCAACAUGGUUCCUCUUUAUAUGUCCUGUAGAUUGACAGUAGGAGCCAAUAGAGCUUUGACAAAAAAAACCAACAAAAAACAACAAAAAAAAAAAACACAGUGGAAACUCGACUAUUAGUGACGACAUGUUUUACUUUUUCUUCUUUCUAGCACCUGAUACGAACUUGUAUGUUGCGAUAUAGGAGAUGUAAUACUCAGCGGUAGGGACAAAAUAAUGAAUAUGGAGACUUGUUUACUAGUGUUCUCACCUAAUGAUGUUGUUUCUAGGAUUAUUUUCGGAAGUACAAAUUGGGUAGGAUUUGUUUUACAGUUGCAUAGCCUAACUCUAAUUUGGAAAAGCCUUUGGACUUAAUGAAGCAGUUUGCUCAAAGUGGAGCUCUGAACAUCUUCACUUCAUUAAUUUGAGCAAAAAAAAAAAAAAGAAAGAAAAAAAAAGGAAUUUUUCAAGUGGUUCAAGUUAAUUGUAACCCUUUCCCUCCUAAAACUGUGGUAUAAUAUUUUUCUUUUAUUUCCAUUAAGAGCAAACAAAACAUGAGCUAGUUCUGUCUGGAGUAGAAGCUCUACAUGUGUGCAAACUGUUACUGUUCUUAGUUUGUUUUUCCUCCUGCUGCUCUGUUGUACCUCAGUUUAUAUACCCACUGAUUUUUACCCUCCACCUCCUGCCUGUAAAAAAUGAAAGUCCACACUACUGUAGUCCUCAGCUUGGACUUAACAUUUCCUGUUACAUUUCCAAAAAUAAAUGAAUAAAAAUGUAAAAAAAUAAAAUAAAAUAAAAUGAAAUAAAAAAAAAAAGUAGAAGAGA